AGAUGGCGGCCGUGGAGCUAGAGUGGAUCCCAGAGACUCUCUACAACACCGCCAUCUCCGCUGUCGUGGACAACUACAUCCGCUCCCGCCGAGACAUCCGCUCCUUGCCCGAGAACAUCCAGUUCGAUGUUUACUACAAGCUUUACCAGCAGGGACGAUUAUGUCAAUUGGGUAGUGAAUUUUGUGAAUUGGAAGUUUUUGCUAAAGUAUUGAGAGCUUUGGAUAAAAGACAUUUGCUUCAUCAUUGUUUUCAGGCUUUGAUGGAUCAUGGUGUUAAAGUUGCUUCAGUCCUGGCCUACUCAUUUAGUAGACGGUGCUCUUACAUAGCAGAAUCUGAUGCAGCAGUAAAAGAAAAAGCAAUUCAGGUUGGCUUUGUUUUAGGUGGCUUCCUUUCAGACGCAGGCUGGUAUAGUGAUGCCGAGAAAGUUUUUCUGUCUUGCCUUCAGUUGUGUACUCUACAUGAUGAAAUGCUCCACUGGUUUCGAGCAGUAGAGUGCUGUGUGAGGUUGCUUCAUGUAAGAAAUGGAAACUGCAAAUAUCAUUUGGGUGAAGAAACAUUUAAAUUAGCACAGACUUACAUGGAUAAACUGUCAAAACAUGGCCAGCAAGCAAACAAGGCUGCACUCUAUGGAGAACUGUGUGCCCUCCUGUUUGCAAAAAGUCACUAUGACGAGGCGUACAAAUGGUGCAUUGAGGCAAUGAAAGAAAUUACAGCAGGCUUACCAGUAAAAGUUGUGGUGGAUGUCCUAAGGCAAGCUUCUAAGGCUUGUGUUGUAAAACGUGAAUUUAAGAAGGCAGAACAGUUAAUUAAACAUGCAGUGUAUUUGGCACGGGAUCAUUUUGGAUCCAAACACCCAAAAUAUUCUGAUACAUUGCUAGAUUAUGGGUUCUACUUACUCAAUGUAGAUAAUAUCUGUCAGUCUGUUGCAAUUUAUCAGGCAGCCCUUGACAUUCGACAGUCAGUGUUUGGCGGCAAAAAUAUCCACGUAGCAACAGCUCAUGAAGACUUGGCUUACUCUUCUUAUGUUCACCAGUACAGUUCUGGGAAAUUUGACAAUGCACUAUUUCAUGCUGAAAGAGCUAUUGGUAUCAUCACCCACAUCCUACCUGAAGAUCAUCUUCUUUUGGCUUCUUCAAAGAGGGUGAAAGCUCUUAUUUUAGAGGAGAUUGCAAUUGACUGUCACAAUAAGGAAACCGAACAGAGGCUGCUUCAAGAAGCUCAUGAUUUGCACCUGUCUUCACUCCAACUAGCUAAAAAGGCUUUUGGGGAAUUUAAUGUACAGACUGCAAAACACUAUGGUAACCUUGGAAGACUUUAUCAGUCAAUGAGAAAAUUCAAGGAAGCUGAAGAAAUGCAUAUCAAAGCAAUUCAAAUUAAAGAGCAACUUCUUGGUCAAGAAGAUUAUGAAGUAGCCCUUUCAGUGGGACAUCUGGCUUCUUUAUAUAAUUAUGACAUGAAUCAGUAUGAAAAUGCUGAGAAACUUUAUUUGCGAUCUAUAGCAAUUGGGAAGAAACUUUUUGGUGAAGGCUACAGUGGACUAGAGUAUGAUUACCGAGGUCUCAUUAAACUUUACAACUCUGUUGGAAAUUAUGAGAAAGUGUUUGAAUAUCACAAUGUUCUGUCUAACUGGAACCGGUUGCGAGAUCGGCAGUAUUCAGUGACCGAUGCUCUGGAGGACGUCAACACCAGCCCCCAGUCCACUGAAGAAGUGGUGCAGUCCUUCCUAAUAUCUCAGAAUGUCGAGGGACCAAGCUGCUGAGGGAUGACCUCAGUUAACCAAUUACCUUUUCCCAGAUUCCAGGGAAUUCAUACUGUGAAAUCAAAACCAUGUUGUUUUUGAGGGCUGGAAUUUGCAUUGAAACACUGGUCCAGUCCAUUGAAGACCCAAUUUGGGGUAAUGCCUAUCUUGCAGAGUGUCCGUAGAAUAAGCAUAUAUUCAGUUAUAUUCAGCAUGUACCGCAUGUAUAAGUAGUCUGGCCCACAUUUUCAGUCUAGUAGAACAAACAACAGGAGAAUCUUUUUUUCUUUUUGUUUUUCUUUUUAAAAAAAUAAUUCAUUUUGCAGUAAGUCUGAAAGAAAAAAAAAAGAACCCCUAAAUAAAACUAUUUAAGAGUUUAAAAGAGUUGCAUUCUUAUUAUGUAAGGAUGAGUUUAACAACUUUUUAACAUGUAAUUCUUCCAUGUGGAGGUAUUCAAUACUGUAUCGUAAAGAAAUUUUAUGGGGAAAAUCUUUAUAUGCAGUACAGAAAAGUUAACACAAGUACUAAUAAAAGGUGACCUCCUAACUUAACAUUUCGCCCCACCACCCGGAGAAGUGGGUCUGACCACUGAGGAGCUGUAUUACAGGGAGGACUGUUGGGGUCAUCUGAGCUGGACCAGUGUGAUCUGUGAGUGAGAGAAUAUCUGUUUGCUUUUGGUACAACAAUGCAAGAUGCUCUAGUAGCAUUCACCAACAGGACCAGGAAGAACUUAAAGAGGACCAGCCUAUUGUAGAAGGUGGUUAUUUGGACCAGAGAGGCUUUAGAUUAUUAUUUCAGCCCUUGCAUAUAUCUUUAUCAAUAGAAUGAUUUCACUUAGAUGUAUAAUGAAAAGUGAUAAUGCAAGAAAUUAUAUUCAUAUAAUAGCUACCAAGUAGGGGAAUUUGGCAGUCUCAGUGGCAUAUCUUUAGGCACGGUACACAGAUGGCAAUGCCAUAAGCCAGUGUGUAAAUAAUCUGCUGCAACCACCAUCCUCGUUUUCAAUGUUACCCUAAUCAUAAAUGCCAUUAAUAGGUGUAUUGGCUAGAGUGGAAAAAUAGCUCAUGUCUGGAUGGGAAUUGUAGAUCAGUGUAUGGUUUUGGGGGAUUAUGGAAAAUAAAUGCCCAAAAAUAAGUUAGAAAAUCCUUCAUUUUAAUGAUAAAUACAGUAACAUUGAGUAUUUGAAGUUCAGGAAUCAAAUGGUAGGAUCCUGUAAUAAUAUGUCUGUUUCACUAAUUUGUUUAUUUGGUUUUGAUAUUCUCUUUUUAAGCCAGUGGGUUAUUUAAUGUUGAGGUAAUGUUCAAAUUGGAUAAGUUGUGACAUGUAGCAAACCAAGAAUCAAAAAGGUAUUUUGCUGUUACCUCAAUUCUUACAACAGUGGCCUGUCUUGUGCCUCUAGAGUUAAGAAUCUGAGUUUCUCCCCUAUUUUCAGGGGCUUGUGACUUGGCUGUUAGAUACUGCUCCUGGCUCAUGCUUGGAGGAGUCUGUGGGUGAGUGGAUGUGUGUUGAAUUUUGGUUUUAUUUUAACAUGAACAUUGGGUGAAAAGUGUAAAGAAAUCUAACCUGUCUGUCAUAUGGAGUACAGAAGAAUUAUGGGAGAUGUCAAAUUUUAAACACUUUAUGGACUUCCCAACCUUAGUGCUAUUUGGAACUGCUGUUUGCAGUCUUGUGAAUUUGUGCUUUUAGGUCCCCAGGAGGUGUUUUCUUGGGGGCUAUGCCUAAAGAAAUGAAGCUAGUCCACACCCUAGGAUGGUAACUUUGUGUGACUUUGAAACCUGAGUUUAUUCUUCAGAUUGAAAUAUUUUCUUUUUAAAUUCAGGAAAGAAUAAAUUGGCACCCCUGCAGUUUAUGAAGCUUGUUCCCCUCCCAGUUAGUUAAUGCCAAGAGCCACCCUUUAUUAAUUACCAAGUAGUAAUCUGUGUGACCAGGGACUAACAUUUUUAAGUUACUCAGCUCUAUCCUCAUGAGCCUAUAUAUUUAAUACCUCCAAAGAUAAUUUCAGGGUAGGCUUUGUAUGCUCUAUUGGUAUUUAGAGUCCUGUGGUAUGUUUGUGGUAUAGGAAUGUCAUGGUAAAUUGUUUUUAAUAAAUAUUUUGAAAUUUAUGUUUUCACAUGAAGUUUUUUAUUAUUUUUUGGUUUUGUGCACAUACAGCAUUUCCUAGGAUAAAAUCAAGCAAAUGACUUAAGGCCUCAUUCUCCCUAACUCGGUUUGAACCCAGCUGAGCUCACACUCUGAUACAGUAACACGAUAUUGAGACACCUAGGAUCACGGGGUGAUGUUGAGUGGCAGCCGAUGUUUCUUUUGUUCUGUUUUCAGAUGUCAUUAGUGACACUUCUUUCACCACUGCUUUAAUGUAGUUCCUGUAUAUCCAUAAAUGUUGGUGUAAUGCCUACACUCUUGCUUAAAACAUUUCUGUCUUAAAAAAAAAAAAAAUCAACACUAUUGUCUUAUGUUAGACUCUGACUCAUAGCAUUAUUAUUUCUGAAUCUAAUGAAGAAUAAUGCCCUAAUUUAAGUGCAGGAUUUACUCCUUUAGUAAGGAUGUUUGGAGAAAGUUAGAUGAAUGCCACCUGAUUUGUGACUUUUUAAAAAAAGGAUAUAAUUUACCGCACAAUAACCAGUAGCUUAUACAGAUUUUUU